UGAAAAGAAAAAAGGGAACAUCAAAGGCAGGAAGCUUUAUAUAAAUAACCAAAACUACUCAGCACAUUUUCAUCGCCGUUUCCGCCAUCUGCGUUCUGUCCACCAGACUCACCACCAAACAUUGUUGGCGCCGCCAUAUUCGCAGCCCUUCCCAGCCAACCUAAACUAUCGUCUUUACGGCACAGAUCUAAGAAAGGCGUUAGCUGGAUUGUCCUAAUACGGCCGCCGUAUCUCCACGUGAGAGUUGGAUUGCUUGCGAUAGCACGUGAGGUAGUAGUAGAGCUGCGCUUUACGGCGGUGCGUGGCGACAGCCGCUGUAAGCCUCAUAGUAGCAAAACGUGAGACGGGGCUCUGAGUUAGAAUUGGGCGAGAUGGCGGCAGCGACAGGUUCUGGGGCGGCCGAGCGAGUGUUGCCGGCCUCCCCCAACUGGUACUGCAGCCGAUGCAGUGACACGUCUAAGGACGGGCGCCUCUUCGGUUUCGCAGCUCGUAACAGCGUGUGUCUCCUGAAGGUUUGCUUCACCGCGCCCGCUUUCCACGGGGAGCUAGUUGGCCACACUGAAAGAGUCUCUGGUUUCUCAUUUUGUCCCUACCCUGGUCAGAACAACUACUGUGCCAGCAGCUCUGACGAUGGAGCUGUGAAAAUCUGGGAUACACAGACAUUAACGGUCAUGACUGAGCAUAUGCUGCAUCAGAAUACAAUUUCUGCAGUGCACUGGUCACCCAAAGUGAAAGAACUGGUUGUUUCUGGUGAUGAGAAGGGAGUAGUAAUUUGUUACUGGCAUAAUCGAAAUGAUAGCCAGCAGUUCUUUCCAGAGCCCAGAACGGUAUUCUGUCUAACCUGUUCUCCACACCAUGAGAAUUUGGUAGCCAUUGGCUAUAAAGAUGGAAUUGUGGUUGUUAUCGACAUCAGCAGAAAGGGAGAUGUUGUUCAUCGCCUGAGAGGUCAUGAUGAUGAAAUACAUUCCCUGGCUUGGUGCCCUGUGCUUGGUGAGGAAGGUAUAUGCAGUCGACCAGAAGAUUUCCAAGAAGAAGAUGCUACUGUUGGAGGCGUGAUAGAAGAGGCAGCUGUAACAAAAGGCUAUUACUUGGCCUCAGGAAGCAAAGAUCAGACCAUUCGUGUGUGGAGCUGUACUAGGAGCAGAGUGGUAAUGACUCUGAAGUUGCCGUUUUUGAAAAGAAGAGGUGGAGGUGUUGAGCCAGCUGUAAAAGAGCGCCUCUGGUUAACAUUACACUGGCCCCAAAGUCAGCCCACGCACAUCUUAUCCAGCUGUUUUGGAGGUGAACUACUGCAGUGGGAUUUGACCCAACCUGGAAAGCGGAAAUGGGAACUUCUGGGAGCUUCAUCUGAGGGACAAAACCACUCCAGAAUAGUGUUCAAUUUGUGUUCCUUGCAAGUAGAGGACACACAGCUACUUUUCUCCAUUUCAAUGGACAGGGAUGUGAAGUGUUGGGAUCUAACAACUUUAAAUUGCUGCUGGACUAUGCCCACACUUGGAGGGUUUGUUUACAGCCUGGCCUUUUCCCCUGUGGAUACAGGCUGUCUUGCUGUAGGAGUUGGGGACAGCAUGCUCCGUGUGUGGAACACCUUGUCUAUCACCAAUCACUAUGAUGUGAAAACCUUUUGGCAGGGCAUUAAAUCCAAAGUCACAGCUUUGGCCUGGCACCCAACAAAAGAAGGCUGUUUAGCCUUUGGAACAGAUGAUGGGAAAGUUGGUAUCUAUGACACCUACUCCAGCAAGCCUCCACAGAUCUCCAGCACCUACCACAAGAAAACAGUGUACACAUUAGCCUGGGGACCUCCUGUUCCUCCAAUGUCUUUUGGAGGAGAUGGUGACAGACCUUCAGUAACCUUGUAUAGCUGUGCAGGAGAGGGGAUUGUUUUUCAGCACAGUCCUUGGAAACUUAGUGAUGAAGCCCAUGACAUCAACAAACUAAUCAGAGAAACUAAUUCAGUCAAACACAAAUUACCAGCACACACAGAGAUCAGCUGGAAACCAGAUGGCAGUAUCUUAGCUAUUGGCAAUGAAGAUGGUUCAAUUGAAAUGCUUCGGGCUCCUGACUUGAAACUCUUGUGCACCAUCCAGCAGCACCACAAACUUAUCAAUGCUAUUCGCUGGCAUCAUGACCAUGGGACACAGCCAGAACUGAGCUACAUGAUAGCAUCUGGCUCAAACAAUGCUGUUGUUUAUGUACAUAAUAUCAAGAGUGCCACAGAGAGCUCUCCAGAGAGGCCUGUGACCAUAACUGAGCCUUUUCGUACUUUGGCGGGACACACAGCUAAGAUCACUAGCUUGUCUUGGAGUCCACAUCAUGAUGGAAGGCUUGUAUCUAUUUGCUACGAUGGCACUGCUCAGGUUUGGGAUGUUCUCAAGGAAGAGCCUUUGCAUAAUUACAGGGGACACCGGGGCCGGCUGCUUUGUGUGCAGUGGUCACCUGUGGAAGCAGACUCCAUUUAUACUGGAGCAGAUGACUUUUGUGUUCAUAAAUGGAUAGCUAUAAAGCAAGAGCACAGCCGUCCUCCCCAAGCAGGUAAGAAGAGCAUUGAGUUGGAGAAAAAGAGGAGCACUCAGCUCAGACCAAAAGCCAAGAAAAAGAAGAAGCCUUCAGGGAAGUUGUCUUCAGCACUGGAUGUGAGUGAUUGGGUGAAUGGUGGAGAGAACACAAAAGAGUCUUUCUUAGAGGAGAAUGGCCUGUCUGACCAGGAGGGAGAAAAGCAGCAGCAGGAGCAGGAGACAGUUGAGAGAAUUUCCAUGGAAGAUCAUAAGGAUUCACCUGCGUGUCCUCCACUUGCCUGUGCAACAGAUAUUCCAAAGCCUUCCAUGAUCCUUAAGGCCCCGCUUGUGAGGAAGGAUCAAAUAAAACCAGGAUCAGAUGCUUCUACAAAGAGGAAAAAGCCUCGUUCCAUCCUACCUCUCAGCACAUCUAUGGACCAUAGGCCAAAAGAAGAACUACACCAGGACUGUUUGAGACUAGCGAGUUUCUUACACUCGAAAGGUUUGAAUGAAAAUUUAUCCUCUUGUUCAAGGGAUCCUGUCCAUUUGGGGCUAUUCACAGAUAGACCAGCCCUGUACAGGAUGAUGGAAACAGAAGGAAAAAGUCACUUAGAGAAUGGACAUCCAGAGUUAUUUCAGCAGCUCAUGCUGUGGAAAGGAGAUCUAAAAGGUGCUCUCCAGUCUGCUGCAGAAAGGGGAGAGCUGACAGACCAACUGGUGGCCAUCUCACCAAUGGCUGGCUAUCAAGCCUGGGCUUGGGCAGUAGAAGCCUUCGCAAAGCAGCUGUGUUUUCAAGAGCAGUAUGUCAAGGCCGCGUCCCAUCUCCUCUCCAUCCAUAAAGUGUAUGAGGCUGUGGAGUUGCUGAAAUCCCAUAACUUUUUCAGGGAAGCCAUUGUGAUUGCCAAGGCUAGGUUGCGUCCUGAAGAUCCAGUUUUGAAGGAUCUGUACACCAGCUGGGCAGCAGUGCUGGAGAAAGAUGGCCAUUAUUCUAUGGCAGCCAAAUGUUAUCUGGGAGCUGCCUCUCCCUAUGAUGCAGCCAAAGUGCUGGCUAAAAAGGCAGAUACGACCUCCCUUAAAGCUGCUGCUGAGUUGGCUCUGAUAGCCGGAGAGAAAGAUCUGUCAAUGAUGUUCUCCUUCAGAUGUGCCCAAGAGCUUCUGUCUUCCAAGAACUGGGUUGGAGCACAAGAUGUUCUUCAGCAGCAUGAGAGCUUAUUGGGACACAGACUGGUAUUCUGCCUUAACGAAUUGCUUCACAAGUGCCUUUCUGAAAGGAAUCUGGUGGAAAACAGAAGCCCAUCCAUACCUUUCUACCACAGCUGGAUAGUGAAGCAAGACUGCUCUUUCACAGAAAUGGUGGCCAGCGUAUGGCAGAGCAUAUUUGGUGUCAAUACUGCUGAGCAGUCACAAAACCUACUUGAACAGUUGAGAACUAUUGAGUAUCCUACUACUACUAGCAACACUCAUCCCAGGCAGCUUUUGUUCCAUAUUUCUCAUGAUCUUACCCUGGCACUUCUAAGCCAUCAGACUGCUUCCUGGGAGAAGGCAGUGAAAGCCAUUCUUGGAGCUGUGACCCGCAGUUAUGAUGCUGGAAAUUUUAGACUUAUGCAAGAAAUCUUCAGCCUCCUCCUUCCGACAGGAUGUGAUCAUCUAAAAGACAGGCUGGACAGCACAGACUUGCAAAGUGUGGCAGCCUACAAAAGCUUGGAGGCAUUUAGGGCUUAUGGCCAUCUGUACGAUCUCUGGUGGAACCCGCCUGUGGAUUCUCUUGUUCUGGAACAAGCAGGGCUGGCCUCUGAGGCUUGCCCUCCUGAGCUGUCCACUCUUGGCCAGAGUAGCAUCGAAAACACUUCUUCGGUUGAAGACACUCCAACUGAGGCUGAAAUCAAGAUGGAAGAUGCAUUUUCAAGAGGACAUAAUAAUGGCACACUCUCAGAAACUGAUUCAGUAGUCAGCUCGGGCCUAUUAGAGGAGAGGCAAGCGACACUAAGGGCUUGUAGAGUGCUCCUUUCAGAAGAAUAUGCAGCAAUCCAGAGUACAAAGAGAGAGAUCUCUAGAAUUCAGCAUAUGUUGGCUGACAUGAUCAGCCAGCAUCAGAAAAACAACCUCCACCAAAAUGCCACCAACAGGCUGGAUUUAGAAGCUGAAUCCCCAGCAAGCCAAAGUCAGAAUAAAGAACAAGUGGAAGAACCAGUUUCUCUGCCAGAUUUGACAAAGCAACUUACAGAAGCAAAUCAGAAGUUAGCAGAGUUUCCAGAUAGUAUAAAGGCUUUUCCUUUCCCCGAUGUAUUGGAAUGCUGCCUUGUUGUGCUUCACAUGAGUGUCCAGCACCAUCUAGAUAUGGUUCCAGAAUUACAGCAGUAUUCAUUAGACCUCCUUAGAAAAUACAGAGAAACUCACAUCUGUAAAGAAGCUUGCAGGAAGUUCUUUACAUAAAUCUCCUGCUGCUUCCUUUUUUCCCCUUUAUGUGAAGGACUGUUACAUUUGAAGUAUAUUUCAUUCAAGAAUGAAUGAGUAAGAGACUGUUAUACAGUCAUGCUGGUCUGUCAGUGGGAUCUUAAUGAAGCAAUGUGCAAAAAAAGCCACCAAAAACAAACCUUUCAUUUUUUCCAGUGCUGUCAGCUCAUUUUCUACUUUAAGACAAAACUAUACAGAGGGAUUCUCUAUUAUACAUAGUUUAAGUGAACUAUCUGGCCAUCUCUUCAAGUAGUAAAGGGAUUGUGGACAAUGUGUCAAAUAAAAAUAGUAUAUGUUCUAAAACUGAAGCUUACUCUUUUAUUCAUAAAAAGAUUUGCAAAUAUUUUGAGGACAGAUGCUGGCUACUGUGUAAAAUGGAAAUGGCAGAGGGACCCUGUAAAAGUGCUACUAUGAAAGAUACAAAGCAGUUGACCACUCAUCAUCCCUGCUAUAAUUGCAACUUUAUGUGAAAAAGUCAUGCUAAAAGUGGGACAGAAGAAUAAACCCAUGUAGUUGUGAAGUUAGUUUAGUGUAGUUUGGGUUAAGUCUUCAUAUUAUACAGCCACGAGAGUGGCUGUAUACUGUAGCCAG